ACAAACUUCCACCAACCUCCACCAACCUCCCCAAUCAACGCAAUCACAACAUCCCGAUUCCAACUCGACCCCGCGACCUACCUACCUCCCACAAUUCAAUCCGCAACACCGCAUCCACGCUUCCACGCAUCCACACUUCCACUCUUCCACUCUUCACUCUUCCACACCUCCAACCAGCACAACCCACACCCUCACAACUCGUCAAGGCAGCUCGCUCUCUUCGCCCCUGCUGCUGAGGUUACCACACCACGCCCACGCAGUUUCCAACUACUCCCUCUCCAAGUCGCAGAAAUGGUUGUUGCUACGAUUAAGUGUGUUGUGGUUGGCGAUGGUGCUGUGGGAAAGACUUGUCUUUUGAUCUCGUAUACCACCAACAAGUUCCCUUCGGAAUAUGUCCCUACCGUCUUCGAUAACUAUGCUGUCACUGUCAUGAUCGGCGACGAGCCCUACACCCUCGGCCUCUUCGACACCGCCGGCCAAGAAGACUACGACCGUCUCCGACCCCUCUCCUACCCCCAAACCGACGUCUUCCUCGUCUGCUUCUCCGUCACCUCCCCCGCCUCCUUCGAGAAUGUGCGCGAAAAGUGGUUUCCCGAGGUGCACCACCACUGCCCCGGCGUCCCCUGCCUCAUCGUCGGCACACAGACCGAUCUGCGCGACGACUCCAGCGUGCGCGAGAAGCUGCAGAAGCAGAAGAUGAGCCCGGUUAGGAGGGAGGAUGGAGAGAGGAUGGCGAAGGAGUUGGGCGCGAUUAAGUAUGUGGAGUGCUCGGCGCUGACGCAGUAUAAGUUGAAGGAUGUGUUUGAUGAGGCUAUCGUGGCUGCUCUCGAGCCACCUGCCCCGAAGAAGAAGCAUGGGAAGUGCUUGGUCCUGUAGAUGACCUGGAUUGUAUAUCCCCGACCCGGUUUUCGCUCAUGUACUCAGCGUGGACUCCGAUCGACAAAUUCCAGGCUUUCCGAACCGCAUUUUCGACCCUCAGCGCGCCUUCAACUUUGACGUCAUUGCCACCCAGAGCAAGUCUUGUCUAGUUCAGUCCUGCACAUCCGACGAUCGCGAUACCUUUGUUUCUCCAUCUUGCAGUCGGCAUAAGAGCACCAAAAGUUUGUCUUGCGAAAUGAACAACCACGGAAUCGACCAGGAGGAGCGACAAAUCUUGGCUGAAAACAGGCCAAAUGGGAAAACCAGGAAACAGGAGGGGAUUGCCUUUCAUCUUCUUCUUCUUCACAUCUUUUUUUUCUUAUGUGUUUUCGGUGUGGUGUGUGAUACCGCGUGUUUUAUUUUUUGCUAGGCGUAACGAUUAGGGACUACUCCGUUUUUUUAAGUAUUCUGUCUGGGAAAGCGACAAAGACAGUGACAGACAUGAGAGUAUGUGAGAGAGUAUGGGAGAAUAUGGGCGAGUAUGAGAGACAGUAUGGUGAGAGAAAUAAGGGGAGAAGUAAGGAGAGAAUGGGA